AUGUCGAGCCAAUUUCUAUCAUCUUUCUACGAGAGGCUUUGUUCUCGAAUUAGCCUCAGUACACCGGGUCAGAUUUUUGUCUUGAUAUCUUUUCUUUGGCUCAUUCGAGAGUUGCGAUUGGAACUCAGAGAAUAUAAAAUAGGUAGACGUGCUCGGGCUUGUAACGCUCGCCUGGCACCAAAAGCCUACUCUCCACUUCCAUUUGGAAUUUCAUAUGUCCUCGAUCGCACCAAUUUGAUUGCUACUGGAACUAUAUCAGAUCUACGACAUCCCUUUAGUAGAGCUCGAGGGAUUAGUCCAGGAACUCAAGUGAUCCGCACCCAUUAUUUAGGGAUCGAGAUGAUACACACUCUAUCGCAUCUUGACGCGAAACACGUCCUUACUACUGGUUUUCAAAAAUGGGGAAAGUCGCCUGACGCCGUAGAGGGAUUCCAACCCCUCCUUGGUGAUGGUGUAUUUUCUUCGGAUCAACGAGGACUUUGGUCAUGGCACAGAUCAUUGAUCCGUCCGCAUUUUACUCGAAAGCGUGUUUCUGAUCUUGAUGCAAGCGAGGAACAUAUUCAUCGUGUUGUGAAAUGGCUCAAGAACAAAACCGAAGUAGAUGAAGGUGCAGAUAUACAAGAUGGCAAGUCUUUCAUUUCCAAUUUUUAUACCUUCUUCUCCCGAUUUACUUUAACUUCGUCAAGCCAGCACCUUUUUGGAAAGUGUUUAGACAUGCUCAAUGAUUUGACUGCUGACAGGCCGGCCGAAGACGAUCUUAUCGACGCGGCUCGCUUUUCUCAAGCCCUCCAAGACGCUACAAUGGACGCCAUGAAAUCUUCCUUGCUUCCCUCUUUGCUAAGAAGAGCCAUCCACGCAGUUACGAUGCCCAACAAGUCAAUCAAGAUUGUAACUGAGAUGGUUGAUAAGCUUUUGUCUUGUGAUCAAGGAAAUACAGAUGGAGGCGAAGGCCAAGAGAUCAACUUGGUUGAAAGCUUACGUCAAUCAGGCUGCUCACCUGAGAUGCUUCGGUUUGAACUUCUCAAUGUAUUAAUUGCUGCUCGAGAUACCACUGCUUCACUUCUCACGAGCUGUAUAUACGAGCUGGCUGGACGAGAUGAGCUAUGGAAGCGGCUCCAAAUGGAGGCGGCGGAGAUUUCUACUGCUGCUGGUGUAUCUCUUGAAGAUUUGUCAAAACUAAAGUUACUACGGGCAGUCUUGAAUGAAACACUUCGGCUCCAUCCUCCCUUGUGGACUAGCACACGUCAUGCAUACGAAGAUGAUGUCCUGCCUUCAGGCAUUUUCGUACCAGCAGGAACGGACAUUCAAUAUUACAUGCAUGCGUUUCACCGGGACCGUAAAUUAUGGGGUGAAAAUGCAGAUGAUUUUGUUCCUGGGCGCUGGCUAGAAGGAUCACAAACUGAAAAAAGUAGAGACCCAUCCGCCUUUCAACCUUUCAGUGCCGGACCAAGAAUUUGCAUUGGUCAACAGUCUGGGGCAGAGUUAGUCGGUCCUUCUGCUUGUAAAGACAGUAUCCAGGAAGCUCCCACAUUAGUCCUGAGCUAUAGGGGUGGACUCUGGGCCAAGUUUCACAAGCUGAAGGAGGGUUGA